AUGAAAUUAGCAAGCUCUUUUUUGAUUGCCGCCGCGACUUCUCAAGAGCCAGGGAAAUACAAAGACCUGAGAGCAACUGUCAGAAACAGCAAUGUCGAGUCAAAUCGAUCAUCUGGUAGUCAUCCUCGAGGUCUCACAUGCACGAUUCCAGAAGUAUCGGGAAAUGUCGACAGAUACUACUGUAACAGCAAACGAUGCACACUGAUGUGUAAGCCAGGCUCAAUUCCAGAUGGUCGAGCACGAAACAAGUGCGUGGACGGUGCUUGGGAGAAGACAUUCCCUAACUGCAUAACUUGCGAAGGCAGUGUCGAUGCUGAACCAGCCGUCGCCGACAAUAACUUGGGAUUCCUCUGCUCGGUCGAUGACCCCACUGAUGACCGACGAUGUGCGAUGACAUGCUCCAACGGAGGCGACCUCUUUCCAACCACAGCGACAAAUAAUGUCGAUCUUGUUUGCAACUGCCACAAGAAGAAAGGAUGCGAGUGGAGAGAAGAUGGGUCGAAGAAAGCAGCGGAUUUGAGCUCUUAUUCGUGUUCUAUCCCACCGACGACUACACCUAAUCCAGGCACCGAUACAGACACCACGGGAUGUCCAGCCGAAAAAGCUCCUGAAUGCACCGACCUCACAACUGGAAACAUCUCCUUCCAGAACUCGUGGACGUGCAGAAACUGCUUCCGAAUCCGUGCUUCAUAUAGCCUCGAUGGUCUUGAUUGGAGUGAUAGAGACUUCCUUUACUUCGAAUUCGAUGUUCGCGUCUCAUGGCUCAGCUGGGGACAUCCGGUCGAAAACGUAGAGAGCUUAGAUGAUGGCGUCCGAUGGAAAGUCACCUUCAAAGAAAACGCCAACUUUGUAAGUGGAAUGAUGUUUGAUGCAAACUUGAAAACCUUCGACGAUGCUGUUAAUGUCAAUGCGAACUGGGUUCUCCGAGCUAUCAAGUCGUGCCCCUGCACCAACACGGACUACGGUUCAGUCGGCGAGUUUACACAUUACGACUCUCUCUCCGAUUACACAAACGGUGCCUGCGGCCUUCACAACAGUGGCAGUAUAAAAGCUGCUACACAUUUCGUCGCCCUUGACUACGAUACCGACUACAGCGCAAGUGCGAACUGUGGACGAUGUGUGAAGCUGAAAUGCGAAUGCACUCAGAGUGUUUUCACUGGAGCCUGUUCAGCUGGAAGCGAGGUUAUUGCGAUGGUUGUUGACACCUGCCCAGAUGCGACAUGCAAGCAAAAUCAUUUAGACUUGUCUCCAUCGACUUGGAAUGAAGUCACCGGAGAUGAAAGCCCAAGCCUUUACGAUGGCUCGUGGGAAUUCGUCGAAUGUCCAUCAGAAUUCCUUUCCUCGCCCGUUUCACAACUAUACAUCAAAGAAGGAUCAAGCCAGUGGUGGAACGCAUUCCAACCAACCAACACACGAUUCGGAGUCAAUUUCAUGUCUAUCAACGGUCGAGAGUUAUCUCUUUCAAACGGUGUUGGAGACAACUUUUACUUCGACGGGGCAAGAAAUACAGAAGGUGACGAAGCGACUCUGGUUAUUUCGACAGCAUCUGAUAUUGAUAAUAACGUCGGUUCUUUCCUUGAUUUUGAUGCCCUCUUGUAA